AUGGCAAGAAAUCCGAUAGCACUUGGACAAUUCGAACUAGAAAAUCCAGAAAUACAACAUGACAAAUUAAUCCAAACCGGAAUGGAUACCGAUUUGUACAUAGAUAUAUAUGUGUACCAUUGGUGA